UAGGGAUUGAAUAGAAAUAGUUUGUGCCCUUGUGAGGGUAGCCAUUUUCUUUUCCCAUUUUUCCACUCCUCCUCUUCAUAUUGUAGUACAAGUCUUCAAUUCUUUUUCCUCUCAGUCCUUGCAUACGGAUACAUCAUGGCGCCCAAACCUAAGCCACCCGCAAAGGAAGAAAAAAAGGCUGCUCCUGCUGCUGCAGCUGCACCUAAGCCAGAGGCUAAGAAGAAGCCAGCAGAUAAACCAGCGGCUGCUGCUGGACCUGCACCCAAGGCAGCCAAGACUGCAGCUGCACCUAAGGCUGCCGCUGCUGCUCCUAAGGCUGCUGCUGCCCCUAAGGCCGCUGCUGCUCCCAAAGCAGGAGCCAAGGCCCCAGCUGCUGCACCUAAAGGAGGCAGUUCCAAAACUCCUGCGGCUGCCCCGAAGAUUGCAACCAAAGCUGGUGCUGCCAAGCCUGCUGCUGCCAAGCCUGCUGCUAAGGGAGCUGCUGCUAAAGGUCCUGCUGCUAAGGCUGGAGCUAAAGCAAAAGUCCCCGCUGCUGCUGCCAAAGGAGCUGCAAAGGGUAAUCAGAAACCUGCUGCUAAAACAGCAACAAAGGCACCAGCCAAAACAGGAUCUAAGGCUGCUGCUAAGUCAACAACAAAGACUGCACCUAAAGGAGCUGCUAAAUCUGCUGGUUUGAAGAAGGGUGUUGCUGCUGGUAAAGUUGUUAAGGCCAAGAGUGCUGCCACUAAGGCCUUGUCCACACAGAGAAAGGUUAUCAAGGGCCUUCAUGGAACCCGAACAAGGAAGAUCCGCACUUCUGUGCAAUUCAGGCGUCCCAAGACUUUCCGACCCCCCCGCAACCCGAAAUACCCUAGGCAAUCAGCACCCAAGAGGAGCAAGAUGGAUGCUUACAACAUCAUCAAGCACCCACUUACCACCGAAUCAGCAAUGAAGAAGAUCGAAGACAAUAACACAUUGGUCUUCAUCGUCCACCCUCGCUGCAACAAAUACCAGAUUCGCUCGUCAGUCAAGAAAUUGUAUGAUAUCGAUGUGGCCAAAGUCAACACACUUAACCGCCCCGAUGGUCAGAAGAAAGCUUACGUUCGAUUGGCACCAGACUACGAUGCAUUGGAUGUCGCCAACAAGAUCGGAAUCAUUUAAACGAAUCGUUGGUUGUUGUGGGUCGAUUUCCGGGAAAGUGGCGUUAUGUUGUAUCCUUUUUCGAUCGAUUACACAACCCAAGUUCCAUGGA